ACCUUUGUCUCUCUUUCGUUAAACCCUAAAAAUCUUCUCUCCCUCUCUCUCAAGCGCCACUCUUAAAUUCUAGGGUUUCCAACACUUGUAGGGUUUCUUGCCAUUCACGUUUGUGUUGUUCGGUUGUGAAUCUUCGUCUUCCUUGAAAGAUUUAAGGAUAAAAAAAUAGUGGUGAGUAGUGUUUAGGUUGAUGAUAUAAAAACAGAGUCAUAGGUCGCUAACUUAGCAUGUGAUUUAUCUUAUCUAGGGUUUAAUUGAUUUCUUUUUUUUUUGUUCUGUUUAGAACUCUUACGUCAAGUAGAAAUCGUUAGGUAAUGGAGAGAACUAACUUGGACAAUGAGUUAAAGCUCUGUGAGGCCAAGAGAGUGAAUCUCGGUAAAGCUUUUGACAAGCUUCACUCUCAAGCUUCUGAACUACUUUUCUUCACUCAUCAGUGGAGAGACUUGGAGGACUAUUUGAAGUCAGUGCAAGGUCAAGUUGAGAAGAGGUUCGUGGAGUUAGAGUCAAGAGAGGUGGAGUUUCAAAACAGAAGCGUUGCGGUUGAUACAAUAGGUGAUCUAGAGGUGAAAGCUGGUGGGCUUAGGAGGGAGAUUGAAGACAAAGAAGAGGUUCUUAGGGUGUUGGUGGAAGAGUGUACGGUCAAGCAGAGGUCAAAGGCUAGUCAACUUGGUGAGAUGAUGGAGGAUUUGGCUAGGGCUAAAACUCUCAGGAGAGAGUUGGAUGAGGAGAAUGAGAGAAAGACAAGAGAACUCAGAUUGAUUCAGGACAAGGUUGUGGAAUGUGGUAAGCUGCUUGAGACAAGGUCCUUGGAACUAACAAAGACUCAUGGUGAGCUUGGUUUGAAGUUGGAACAGUUAGGACUUGUGAAGAUUGAGUUUGCCACUGAGAUGGAACAUCUUGAGAGUAUACAAACUCAUAAUAGAGAACUGGAAGAGGAUAUAGAGAGGAAGAGGGUGGAUCUUGGAGCGGUUCUUGAUAAAACUGCAGGACGUGAGAAGCAGCUUGAAGUGGUGGAAGACCAGCUAGCUUCUCAACAGAAGCUGCUUGAGACACGGUCCUUGGAACUUGUUUCUAAAGAGAAAAAGUUGCAAGAACUGAAUCUGGACCUUGACCUGAAGGAAGACAUAGCCAUAUCACUAGACAAGGAGAUGAAGGAGACUUGUCAAAAGAUGGAAUCAAAAGCUAAGGAGCUGGAGGACAUUAAGCUGUUGACUGAGGAACUAACUGAAGAACUUGCUUCUAAAGAGAAGAGAAACAGAGAGAUCACAGAGGCUAUUCAUAAACUAUCAAAAGAGGAAAGAUACAUUGCUGAGCAUGAGUCAGCAAAAAAGGAGUUGAAGUCUUUGCAUUCAAUACUCACUGAGAGAGAUAAACAAGUUGAAGAAGGAGACAAGCAAAUUCAGCACUUGAGUAACUCCAAUAAGGAACUUAUCAGACAACUCAAGGUGAGACAAGAACAGUUUUUUUCAGGACAAAAAUCAAUUACUGGUCUUAUUGCUGAGCAAGAUUCAGUUACAAAGAAGCUUAGGUCUGUGAAAGAUGAAUUCAGACAGUGCCGCCAAAACCUGUGUAACAAAGAGAAGGAGUUGAAGUCUUUAGAGUCAACACUCACUAAGAGAAACAAACAAGCUGAGGAAGGAGAGAAGAGGAUACAAGAUUUGACUAACUCCAAUGAGGAACUUAUCAGACAGUUCAAGGUGAGACAAGAACAAGUUUGUUCGAUCGAAAAGGCGGUAAGGGAAUGCACAGAUGAGUUGGAAGCUAAGAGGAAAGAUUGUGACCAGGUUCAAAGCAAAACCAGUGACCUUGCCGUUGAGUUAAAAUCAAAAGAAUGUCAUCUUAGCUCUGUCAAGAAAAAGAUUCAAGAAAGCUUGGAAGACUUGCAAUCUUUAGAGGAGCAGAAGGUCAGGCUAAAAGCAUCAUUGUUGGAGCAAGAGCAAGGACUUGAACUGAAACACAAGGAGCUUGAUGAGAAGGAUCAGAAACUGAAAGCCACAGAACAGGAGUUGGCUAAAUGGGCCAAGGAUUACGAGGUGAAAGAAAAGCAGCUGUCCAGCUUUUGUAAAGAAAGAAACAUGGAUCAACAUGUUGCUCUUACACCUGUGGAUGUCCACAAACCAACAGGGAACUCAAGGAAACGUGGGAGAUAUGAUGAUGAUGAGUCAUUGUCUCAGUCCUUAGGUAAAGAAAACACUUACAACUUCGAGAACCUGAGAUCUCUGGACAAGUUCAAGACUGAUCAAAUAUGGGCUGUUUAUAGCGAUUGUGACAAGGGGAUGCCAAGAAAGUAUGGUCAGAUCAAGAGAAUCGACACAAGCCCUGAGUUCAAGCUACAUGUAGCACCUUUAGAGCUGUAUCGCCCUCCCAACCUCAUCACACAUCCCGUUUCCUGUGGCCGGUUCAAGUUGAAAACCGGUAAAGCAGAAGUCCUUGCAACUAGCAGCUUCUCACAUGAAGUUAAAGCAGUCAAGAGUAAUGUAAACAGAUUCGAAGUAUACCCAAGAAAAGGUGAGAUAUGGGCUUUGUACAAGAACUGGAACAUUACAGAAUGUGCUGAUGGGACGGAAGAGGAAGAUCUUGAGAUUGUAGAAGUAGUGGAAACUAAAGAGCAGAGCAUACAAGCAAUGCUUUUGACUGCUAAAGUGUUUAGCAAGGUUCUGUACGGAAGGUGUCUUGAGUCAAAGGCUGGUUUUGUAGACAUUCCAAAGAAGGAAGUGAAUAGAUUCUCGCAUCAGAUUCCAGCGGUCAGACGUGAGAGAAGUGCAACUCGGACUGGAGAUUGUGAAUGGUGGGAGCUUGACUCUAAAGCAGUUCUUGAUCUUAACCCAAAGAGGCAUAAAAGCAUUGCUAUAGGAAAAAUGAGUGAAGCAUAAGUGUUGUUCGUGAAAUGCAGAAGAAAUGGACAAAGCCUGGAACUAUAGGUUUUAUGUUUACAGCCAAAUUGUUAGUAAGAAAUAUGCUGACACUAAUGUGGAGUGUUAAUCCUUAUUUUGAUCUGGCAACGCUGGUCUCAUGCAUAUCGGUGGUCAAAUGGUUUUAGGGUUUGUGUGUCUCUUGGUCGUUUGCCGCAAUCUCAGUGGGGUGUUUCAGUGCGGUUUAAGGUGCAAGCAAGAUCUUAGUUUAGCUCGGUUGAAGAUAAAAAUAUAUCUUGGUGACAGGUUUCCGG